UUGAGGAACCGCCACUGCCUGAAGAAAUGAAUGAAAAAGAAGAGGCAACACUCAAUGAAAACUUAGUUGAUUUGCAUCAGUUUGUACCAGUGGGUGGUGUGUACCAUAUUGACGCGUUUUAUCUUCCACCUCAGGUCAAAUAUGCCGGGGACUGGAGUAUAGUGGAGUUACUUGAUGAUGGAUUGGAGGCAUAUCCAUAUCCCCCAGAAGAGAGUAAAGAUGGCACGUAUCCACCACUACAGACAACCCUUAGGCUCUCUGACCAUGUGAUGUAUUUUAAGGUUCCCAUGGUAGCCCGAUGGGAUCCUGCAGGCCAACAAUGGAGAACUGAUGGCAUCAGCAACAUAAUGUAUGAAGCACAAGAAAAGCGUAUCACUUUCGAGAUGGAUGCCUUUUAUACAAUAGCACUUCUUGAGGAUGCUCAUCUCAGCAUGCCCUACCAGGCAUGGGAACUGCGACCUACUGCUAUGGAUGAAGCACUCCUUACAGUUACUACAGCCUUUGCAACAAUUCAGAUACAAAUUAAGGAUAAUCAGUGUAUGUUGUCCUCAGUAGUGGUGGAAGGGAAGGAUGUGCUUUCCCACCUCACGGGAAAAUGGAGAAGUCCAGUUGACCUAAGAACAGUUCUGAAAAAAGCUGGUGUGAAUAUUUUUCCAGGAGAGUAUUCUCACAAGUAUGUCUCUGUGAACAAGAAGUCUGCCCUAGGGGAAGUUAGGGCCUAUCAACAGAUGGCGCUGGUUGCAUCUGCUUUUGCUUUUGCCCGGAGCAAGUGGAAUCUAGAAGCAGGUCAAGAGCAGGUAGUGUUCAAGGUAAGAGAGCAUCUUCAAGUAGUUACUCUGAAAGAUGAAGACUGGUCUCUUUAUAUGUUCAAUGGUCAUAAAGCACAAAAGCUUAAGAUGACUGAAACCAGUGAAACUUUUUCAGAAGAGCUAGAAGAAGAUUCUGAGUUUCACUCCACACUCUACCAUAUGCUCAAGGACUUUGCCAGCAAAGAAGCUAUAGAUAAAGUAGAAACAGCUAGCUUCCUAUUUGUUGAUGUUGUGUAUCAGCUACUCCUUGCUACAAGAGUCUUAACAUACUCUUAG